GGGAAGGAGUCUCACCACAGCGCAGCGGAGAGCCACAGGAUACAGAGCGGUGUGAGCGCAGUGGAAGGACGCGCUUUCCAUCGCGCUCCUGAGAAAAAAAAACCCGACUUGUCUGCUGGAUAGCGGUGUAGACAGUCGGACCCACACACGCACACCCACUGAGACAAACAACAGGCAAGGACAUAUGUGAGCGCGGCGCAUUUCCGCGGGAGUCUACAUCCAGGAUUCAGGAAUGUGCGCAGGUCACGCCAUUUGUUUAGAAACUAAAUAAACAAUGCACUCUGCUGGCGACAACUAAUUCACAAAGAUGAGUAACCAAGGUAAUGGACAACAUCCAGUGGUUCUGGGGUCUUCUCAUGCGGGACAAAGUCCGGUAAGCUGGACGAUUCUCACCCACAGAGUGAUACGCGUUUCUCGGUCACCUUCUGAAAUGAUGUCUUGUGGCGACGUUCGUUACGCGCCAGAGUGCGUGUGAGUGACUGACCGAUAGUCUUUCUGAAAGAGAAAGAGAGGCUGGAUAUAAACAGCAGCCAGGCUUGUAGGCAGCGACAGCCAGACACUCAGAGCAGCCAUCUCGCCUCUGUCACAGCUCCUCAGACCCAUGCAGGAUGCCCGGAAAGCGCCGGGGAGUCCUGGUCCAGCUCAGCCCGAGUUCAUGACGCUCUGGGCGGCCUCGUCAUGCGUCUCUUGCCCGAGCCCAGCGCCCAGUCCCUCCGGCUCCUCUUCCUCUUUAUCUUCGUGAUGGGGGUGACCCCUUCCCCGGCUCUCACAGCCGGCUGCCCCGACAGAUGCGUGUGCGACGACCAGCUGGUGGUCCAGUGCGCCGGGCAGGAGCUCACCAUGUUCCCCAAUGACCUGCCCCUGGCAACACGGCAGCUCAUCAUCUCCAACAACCGCAUUGGGGAACUUCCGGCGCUUCAGCUCAACUACCUGUCCGAUCUGGUCUAUCUGGACUGCAGCAACAACUCUCUGACCGAGAUCUCCGAGUCCACCUUCGGGAAUUUGCGGAAACUCGCCUACCUGGACUUGUCGUUCAACACCCUGCUGCAGAUCGAGGACCGGACUUUCGGGCCCCUGGCGUCUCUGGUGAUGCUUCGGCUGACAGAUAACCCGAGUCUGGGGGAGAUCCACCCGGAUGCCUUCUCGGAGAACAUGGCUCUGCAGGUGUUAGAUGUGAGCCGGAACAACCUGACGGCCCUGAACAUCAGCAGCCUGAUCGCGCUGCCUUCCUUGCGGUCUCUGGGGCUCAGCGGCAACCCCUGGAGCUGCGACUGUGACACGGAGGACCUCUGCCUCUGGGUGCAGAUCGAGGGCUUCAAGUUCCAAGACGAGGGCCAGACAGUUUGCCACAGUCCCCCAGAGCUGGCGGGCCAGCGGAUGGCGGAGGUCGGCAUGCAGCUGCGGACGGACUGCCACCAAGGCCUGGGCUACUGGGACUACCUCUUCUUCAUCGCCAUUGGCUUCGUCAUCUUCUCGGCUGGCACGGUGUCGGCCUGGGUGAUGGGCGUGCUCAUGGUGCUGUAUGAGCGCUACAGCAAAAGGAAGAGUGAGGACAUGGACAGCGAUGACGAGGAGGAGAGGGGAGGGAUGGGCGGAGGAGGAUGUGGAGGAGGAGGAGGAGGAGGGGGAAACCAGGGGAACGGGGAUCUAAGCAAGUCUGGCAUGCAGGUGUGACAGACUGAUGUAAAACAACAUGAGGAGGGAUGACAUGAGACCAGCAGAGGAUAAAAGACAAAGAGGGAAGAACCAGAGGUGAUGAGACCACUCUGAGACCAAAGGCUCUGCAAUGAACCAAGACCUGACUGUCUCUCUUUAUUACAGAUUUAGAUAUUGCAAUAUGCUCUUCACCAUAUUGGACAGAAAGUGUGUGUGUGUGUGUGUGUGUGUGUGUGUGUGUGUGUGUGUGUGUGUGUGUGUGUGUGUGUGUGUGUGUGUGUGUGUGUGUGUGUGUGUGAAAGAAAGAGAGACAGACAGAGACAGCAAUAAGGAUAGCUAUGCCUUUACUUCAGGAGUACAGAAUGACCUCUGAGAUUAUUGAGAGCAAUAACCUACAUACACACACACACACACACACACACACACAUACACACACACACACACACACGCGCACCCACGCACACACACUCAGCACAGAUACUCUACGGAGCUGCUGGUUUCUCUGAGUGGGCGGAUGUAACUGCAUACUAUGUGAAGUGCUCUUGAGUAACAUUGUGUAAAUGAUUAUAACAAGAUGUGUGAUGUGAGCGACACACACACAGUACAUUAACACAUAAAAGAAGGUAUUCGGGGUCACGAAGAGAGUGAUGCCUUAUGUUUGCGCCACUAAAAAGGAGAACUAGUAUAUUUUGGUAUUAAGAUGUGAUUUUCAUGAAUGCCUUAAGGCAAAUCACUUGACAUAGAACAGUCACUGUUGUCUCCUAUAGACAGAAUCUGUCCAAAAACUGUUUGGGAAAUGACCAAAUGUUUUGAAUGUAAAAAACAA